AUGGAAGAGCAAAACGUUACCACAGAGGUGCCGGCAGCCCUGAAGCGCCUGGCCAAAUAUAUAGUGCGUGGUUUCUACGGAGUAGAGUACUCCCUGGCCCUCGAUGUACUGAUCCGCUACCCCUGUGUGAAAGAGGAUGACUUGUUGCAGUUGCUCAAGUACGAGCGUAAACAACUGCGUACUGUCCUCAACACGCUCAAGGCAUACAAGCUCGUGAAGCUGCGUAUGCGGGUUGAAACGGGGCCUAACGGGAAGAGCACCCGGCACAAUUACUAUUACAUCAAUUACAAGGUGCUGGUGGAUGUGGUAAAAUACAAACUGGAUCAUGUACGCCGGAAAAUAGAAGCAGAUGAGCGGGAUUCAACUACCAGGUCUUCCUUCAAAUGUCCAUCUUGCUCCAGCACUUACACGGACCUAGAAGUCAAUCAGCUCUUUGACAUAUUCACAGAGACUUUCCGCUGCACUUACUGCAACACUGAAGUAGAGGAAGAUGCCUCAGCACUUCCUAAACGUGAUGCUCGAACCUUGCUAGCAAAAUUCAAUGAGCAGAUUGAACCUAUCUUUGCGCUACUGCGUGAGACUGAAGAUAUUGUGCUGCCGUAUGACUUGCUGGAGCCUCAGCCAACAGAAAUACCAGAAUUAUCAGAAAGCUUUGAUCAGAAGGUGGGUUCAAGUGUGCUGGAAUCCUGCAGCCGACCUGAAAAAUGGGCCAACAAAAGUUCCUCUUUUGGCAAUAUGUACACCCAAAACUUAAUUAUUGAUGUCCAAGACUCUGAACCCAAGAAGAAAAUAAGAGAAAAAGCAGCUAAAGAGCAACCGAUCUGGAUGUCACAGAGCACUGUCAGAGGAGCAACAACAGACACUAACAAUAGCGAUGGAGCAAAUGCUUCUGAAGAAAAAGACAAAGGAGUUAAAGAAACUGUCACUGAUAAUGAAAUCAUCAAGACCCUUCUGAUCCACGAAUCCAAGUCAUCAUCUAGCACAGACCAGGCUCCUGUUGUUGUAAGCAAACUACCUGAAGCAAGCAUUGAUACUAGUGAGUCUGAAGAAGAUACCAAGCACUCAGGAAGAGCUGGCAGCAACUUUGAACAAGAAGAGGAACAGGAAACACAAGGUCCUAUUCUAAUGGUAGCUGGUCAGCCUCAUUCAUAUGGCGAAGUCAGUGAGAAUCCAGAGCUUGUGUCUCUCAUGACAAAUGAAGAGAGAGAAGCUUAUAUAAAAGUAGGACAAGAAAUGUUCCAUUCUGUCUUUGAAUAA